GUUGGGUUUAUCGAGGUUAUCUCGCAUUCUCCUUGGGAGAUUUGCUUCAAUGAUCGCAUUUCAAACGGAACCUUGUCUUGGUUGCUUUAGAUAUAGCAAGUACAUACUUCAUCAAAGUCAAUGUAACUAUUUCCAUAAAAGAAAAAGUUUCAAGAGACGAUUGACUCUAGUUGUUCCACUGAAAAUGAAGGGAGCUUCAACAAAGAAACGAGAAGAAAUAACUGUUUAUGAAGGUGGCCCAAGUUGGACAGAAUUGGUAGUGCCUACUGUUUCUUUAUUGACGGUUGUUGGUAUUUUUCCUUUUCUGGCAACUGUAGCGAGACAAUUUUGGGUGAGAUAUCAACUUACAAGCAACAGAAUUGUAGUGGAUAGCGGCUUUCGUGGAAAGCAGCACGUGCAAGUCAAUUGGGAUGAAGUAGUUUCGUUUCGCUCAGUUCGUCGAUUUGGAGGUAUGUCGGGUGACUUUGUGUUGCAGUUAAAGGACGGAUCGAAACUUGAAGUUCGGUUUAUUCCAAAUUAUAACAAGAUUUAUGAAUUUCUUAUCGACAAAAAACUAAAGCCUCUGAAUAAACUUUCGUAAAAGAGAUGCUUUCAAUUCUUAAACACACUUAGUACCAAGGAUACCAAUUGGACUCCAUUUGACAAAUGUUCUUCCAAUCCUCAGCAUCUGCGAUGAGACGUUGCGAAUCUUCUACUUGUCUUCUUAAU